CUUUACCCGCAAUUGGGUAAAAGCUCAAUAGUAACUUCUUGCCGCGCAGAGCUUCGAAAUACCUUUUGUAUGAUAUUCUGCUCUCUGCUAGUCUUUCCCCCCUGUACUAUGGGGAUUUCAUCACCUUAAUCCUUUCGUCAAUAUCCCCUUCGCAGUGAGAGACGACAGUCUUGGGUUGGACUCUGUCCGAAGCUGGACAUAACACAGACGAAGGUUCUCAGCCAUUCGAAUCUUGAGCAAACCAACUCUUUGCUUGCCGGGUCAGCAGUCGAGCCAGUUUACAAUCAUUCGAAUUGUUAUCUCAAUUGUCUGCCACUUCACAUUCAGCGCUUAUCGUUAAGACUCUCGUCAUUUCACACGCAUUCGGCGAAUGAGUCGGACGGCUUCACUUGGGUUCUACCAUCCACUGCCCACCUCUGCACUACCUGUUAACAUGACUUCAUAUCGACCACGAGGGUUGGUUUCCUUGACACGGCGUUGUUAUCCCGCGCUAAAUCUCUACGGCUUAUCGCGCGCUGGCAAUAUCCAAACCAUCGGUCAUAGCUAUCAUGUAGCACGCGUAAGAAACCGGCUCUCAACCAUUUGGGUCCCAACCGGAGGUAUCACGCCCAGGCAAGAUGAAGGCGCGCACGAAAAGCUCGUUCGAGCUGGUUUCCUCAGACAGUCUCAUUCUGGCAUCUUCCACCUCCUCCCCCUCGGUCGACGCGUCCAGGACAAGCUGGAGAAAGUCAUUGACCAUCACAUGCAGGAGCUGGGGGCCUCCAGAGUCUCUCUAUCGACCAUUACGUCCAAGGAUCUUUGGCAGAAGAGCGGCCGUCUAGCACAAUUAGAGCCCGAGGUCUUCGGCUUUGAUGAUCGCAAGGGGGCAAAAUACAUGUUGUCGCCCACACACGAGGAGGAGAUCACUACAUUGGUGGCAAAAACCGUCAAGUCCUAUAAGGAAUUACCCCUUCGCCUCUAUCAGAUCACACGCAAGUUUCGCGACGAACUACGCCCUCGACAUGGACUACUCAGAACCCGCGAGUUCACCAUGAAGGAUCUGUACACGUUUGAUGUCUCCGUUGAUGCGGCUUUGAAGACAUAUGCCAAGGUUCAGUCAGCAUACGCUGGUGUCUUCAAAGCCUUGAGGUUGCCCGUGCUAGUAGCCAGGGCCUCCUCCGGGGAUAUGGGGGGCGACCUCAGCCAUGAGUACCAUCUCCCAAUCUCCGUCGGCGAAGAUACCGUGGUCACAUGCAACACAUGUGAUUAUACAGUGAACGCAGAGGUUGCGGCAACACGACUCGUCACCGAGGAAGCACAGGAACUGGGAAGCGAAACGGCUACGGAGGUUUCUAACGCCCCUCCCAUAAAGGUUUGGCGGGGGAUCAGCAGGGAUCGCACAAUACUAGUGAAUGCUUGGUAUCCGGGACAGCUUCAGGAGGAGUCCGGACUGGCUGAAAUCGGGGCCGGCGAUAUCAGCAUUCCGGCCAUCAAGUCCAUCGUCCCUGACCUAGAUGCAGGCGUCGACGACGCUGCGUCUCUGUGGCGGGAUGCUCUUCCAGUGUCACUCUCUGGUAGCCAAGACACUGCCAAUCGACCGCAAAUCAUCAAUGUGGUGGACUCCAGGUUGAGGAAUACCAUUGGAGAAGUGCUCCAAGAUGAGCACAGAGUGUGGCCCAUGCUUAGCUCAAGCGCGAAAAGAGCAGACGUACAGAUCACCACGAUCACGAGGUGUAACAAUGGCCAGCUGCUUAACCUUCUCGCCGCUCGUGCCGGCGACGGGUGCCCUGUCUGUGAUUGUGGUAUUCUACACGUGCAGAAGGCCCUGGAGGUGGGGCACACCUUUCACUUAGGGACAAGAUACUCUGAACCCUUCGGGGCCAUCGUCUCGAUCCCGCAAGAGAAAGGUCGACAUCGGCCAUCGGAGAAUAUGACUCUGAUGCAAAUGGGCUGCCAUGGAAUCGGCGUUUCACGGCUCAUUGGUGCCGUGGUCGAGCAUUUGGCAGACAACAAGGGCCUGCAGUGGCCUCGCGCAAUCGCCCCAUACGAAGUUGCGGUCGUCUCCGCAGCAGAUCUGGUUGAAGACGCAGCCGAGGUUUACGAUGAGAUUUCGGCAUCUCCCAGUGGUGGCGACGUGGUAGAUGUGGUUCUAGAUGAUCGCACAGUGUCCCUGGCAUGGAAGCUCCGGGAUGCAGACCUUGUAGGAUACCCGGUCCUUGUCGUUGUGGGCAAGAUUUGGAAAAAGGACAAAGGAAGCUGUGAGGUUCAGUGCAGGAGUCUCGGCGUCAAGGAAACGGUUCCGCUCUCGAAUCUUCGUCGGCGCGUAUCAGAACUGCUCCAACGGCUCUAGCUAGAGAGACCUGGUGGGUCAUUGGAACUGUAUAAUAUGCUAAAUGGUUCGUCGCCAUGCGUCUCCAAGGAAUUCAAUGUAUACAAUAUCAAUUUCCAGUGUGUGGAACCAACUAAGAACUGUACGUCGAGAACCAAAUCGAGAGACGCCAAAACUACC